AUGAGCUCGAGCGGCCCGGGGGCCCCCGGGGACGUCCCUACGCCGCCUCCGCCUUCCGGGCCGGGCCCGGGGCCCGCGCCGCCGCCCCCUGCCGCCGCCCAGGACGCCAUGGACGGGCGCGCCGAGCCGCCCGCCUUCGCCCGCGCCGGGGCCCCGCCGCUCGCCGCCAGCGACACGGUGCCCGGGGCGCCCGAGGGACUCGGAGCCGCGCGGCCCGCCGCGCCCCCGCGCCCCACCUCCUUCUCGGUGCUGGACAUCCUGGACCCCAACAAGUUCAACAGCCGGCGCCGCCGCUGCGUGCUGCUGGGCCCCGCGCCCCCCGCCCUCGGCGCCCCCUGCGUCCCGGGCCCCGCCGCCUCGGGACGCCCGCCUCGCGCGGAGGAGCCGGAGCGCCGGGCCCUCGCCGCCGCCGCGGGAGCCGGAGCGGGAGCAGCGUCGCCGGUCUCCGCAGGUUCCAGUGACCCCUGCAAGACGGAGGAGGCUGGAGCCAAUGGCUACAGCAGCAGCGGCCACAGCCCACGUGCGGACAGCGGGGAUGAGGCGCCUGACGGGGAGGCUGAGGACGCCACGCGGGGAGGCAGCAGUCGUGGGGCCCGCGGGUCGGGCUGCCCCGGAGCGGGAGAGACAGAGGCCCCCACGGGUGCUGUCGAGGGGGCUGCGGGCCCCGCGCCCCGCGGGACCUCACCCGGAGCCCCCGGAGCGCCAGGGGCUGGAACCGCCCCGGCAGCGUGCACAGCAGGCAGCACAGGGACAGCCCCGCAGGGCGCAGUGGCCGCAGUCAAGCCCAAGAGGAAGCGCACCGGCUCUGACUCCAAGUCGGGAAAGCCGCGGCGCGCGCGCACAGCCUUCACCUACGAGCAGCUCGUGGCGCUGGAGAACAAGUUCAAGGCCACGCGCUACCUGUCCGUGUGCGAGCGCCUCAACCUGGCGCUGUCGCUCAGCCUCACCGAGACGCAGGUGAAGAUCUGGUUCCAGAACCGCCGGACAAAGUGGAAGAAGCAGAACCCGGGUGCCGACACCAGCGCGCCAACCGGCGGGGGCGCCGGGCCAGGCGCGGGGCCGGGGGCGGGGCUGCCUGGUGGCCUCAGCCCACUCAGCCCAUCGCCGCCACUGGGUGCACCGCUCGCCAUGCACGGCCCCGCGGGGUACCCAGCGCACGGCCCCGGCGGGCUCGUGUGCGCCGCGCAGCUGCCCUUCCUCUCUGGCCCGGCAGUGCUGUCCCCCUUCGUGCUGGGUUCGCAGACCUAUGGCGCACCCGCCUUCUACGCCCCGCACCUCUGAGUCGCCAGAACAGGACGCGGGGACUCGGGACGCGGGGACUCGGGACGCAGGGUGGGAAGAUGGGCGCUUCACCACUCGUCCUGCGGAUCAGCGGGUGCCCUGCACUGGCCGGGCCCAAGGAAGGGUUACUUUCAAAAGGACUGAAGGAUCGCACGCGGCCGGGCCGCUCAGAGCACUGUGCCAAGCCUCACUCAAUAAACCCAGGAGGCUGA